AUGGGCUUUCUUAGACGAGUCGCUGGCCUUACGUGUCUCGACAUGGUCCGUAACAGUGACAUUCGGAAGAACCUUGGAAUACAGCCUUUGCUUCUCCAGAUUGAGAAGUCACAGCUGCGAUGGCUUGGGCACGUGUUGCAAAUGCGUCCAGAAAGGAAGGCUAAGCAACUGUUCCUUGCAAAUCCGACCGGCAAAAGGCCCAGUGGACGGCCCAAAUUCUGUUCCAGACUCCAUUUAUCUUUUGCCGAAGCUCUGACUCUAGCACAGGAUCGGGAACGUUGGAAGCUCUCUCUGACGUGUCUGCCUCCGCGACCCGAAAAGAAAAGCGGCGAUGGAAGAUGA